AUGGAGUCGCCCAGUUUGAAGGAGAUCCUCGGUGUGACUCCGCUUUAUCACUUGGUCCCAAAACAAGACCUUGCUCCACUAGUCUCUUUCUCACGCGUGCAACCACAGGCCCUUGAACCAAAAGAUUUUCUCCCUGCACGGGCUGAAAACUUGUUAAACUUGGUUGAACAAGAAUACGAGCGUGGGAACGAAGCCGUGGACGGCUUGAUGGGCAGACUCCUGGCCACAUUCCGUGACUUUGAUGAUUCAGAGCUAGAUCUGCUCAAAUUCAAGCGGCCCGUGAUCGCAGGCGAAAACAACGAGCCGCCCGAACUCCCUCCCAUCUCCAAACUAUACAAGGGUCUAUACACCAAUGCUGACUGUAUUGAGGAAAAUGAUCUUGUUGAGUUUGGAAACGACCUUCAUCUCCCAGAUUAUGCAGAGGAUCGUCUCAAACUUCUCGACGGCUCGGAGCUGAGAGAAGAAGUCUUGCAACACAUGAGCUAUUACAAAAAAAAGGCUGACCAGGAGCUUGCUGCCCAAAAUAACAAACGAAAAAGACCUCGUUUGGAUCAGCCAAGUAUUUCAAGCAUCGGCCGGAAAAGAUUGACUUUGGAUCGCUCGAAACUCAAAGAUUCAAGACUCGUUGCCCUUUACAAUUUACUUGAUCAGAUUGCUUUCGAUGAUGGUUCGGAUACUGAGACAGAUCCCGAAGGAACUUCCCGGUUUUCAAUGAGCCAUCUCGAUUGCACCUUGACGACUGAUGACUUUGGAAUGAUUCUCACACAAAAAGGACUACGACAAGUUGGCAGGCAUUUGUGUGAACUUGCUGAAUCUCUGUCUCUUGUUGAUUGUAAUGCGGACUAUCUUAAAGUGAUUCAGACCCUCUGUUACAAUACAAUUCGUCAUGCGUGGAGCCUUUCUAAAAACAACGAGACCCUGGUCAUUCGUCAAUCACUUGAAGCAUCUUCUAUUCUAUUGAUGAUUCUCAACACUAACACGCAACAUAGAGAAUUAUAUUUGCAAUCAUAUACAGACUGCAUUAUUGAGAAUCUCUCGGAAGUUUUACCCAAAAUCGUUGUCUCAAAUAAUUUCACAACCGUCGUUGGUGAAGCGAUUGACUGUUUAGAGAAGUUGUCUCUACAAAUCACCAUGAACCUCGCGGACGAUCAGGUAUUGACCCGAGUGGAAUACAUGUGUGUCAGUGCAAUCAAUGUGGAUGGGAGAGUGAAAGAAAUUGAGCAAUUGAGAAGAGCCAUGGUUGGAGUUCUCCGUGCAAUUUUCAAGAAAUAUCCAACUCAACGGCUGUUCAUUGUCAAUGAAAUGUUGUCCAAUAUCAGCAAGUUGGCCCAUCAAAAAGGGCUAGUGCGUGAUGUACCUCUCACUCGUGGUGUCAACAUCCUGUUUUUCACUGUCUUCCUAGUCGAACUUAUCCAGAGUUUUGACGCUUCAAUUUAUGAGAAAGAGGUUUCUUCAUUGCUUUCACUUCCCAAGAGUGACAACCCAAUUAGCUCCACUAAUGUAAAACGUGACAUCAUUUUGACCGGGAUCCACCUGACUCUAAAUGAUUCAUUUAGUAUUGCUAAUCAGGUAGCAGAAUUCUUUUGUGGUCGAAUGUCAGCAGCUGAGUCUAUUCACAAAUCCAUAUUUCUGGGUCUCGUGGAGGAUUUAUGUGCCAUGAUGUCUCACCCUCAAUGGCCCGGAGCCGAAACAGCAAUAUCAAUCAUAAUUCAGUUUUUGAUUUCUUCAAUGAAUGCGCAAAAAUUCAAUGCAGCAGAAGAGCCAUUUUUGCUCGAGAUAAUUGGUAAAUUUGGUUUGGAGUGCUUGGAGUUGCGUAUCAAAGAUAAUGAUACUUUAAAACCGGACGACAAGGAAGAUUUUUCCAGAUUGUGUGGCUAUCAUCAAGGUGUUCUACAACACCUUAGGAUGCAAACAACAAAAACGCCUCAUGCCAGCUCGCUCUUCCAAUUUCAGCUUUUGAAAACAAUAGUCUUUUACGAAGGUCUUUAUGCUGACUCUGUUGCACAGCAAGACAAAAAUCAGUUUUUUAUUGUCAUUUCUUCCGAGGCUAAACACCUAUCUGAAGAUUCUAUGGACAUCAUAGAGGUUUUAGAUCUCAAUUUGUCAAUUCUCACAAAUUCUCGCCACUCGGGUCAAACUCUGGUCAAUUCACUGAAUUUGAGUAAAUCUUACAGAAUGCUCACACUCGCUACAACUUUUAACAAAAUCUACGAUGACUUCUUGGCUUUGCUCACAAGCAGUUUGGAAUCUACCAAAGUGAAAUUAGCAGCGAAGGCAAUCCGAGUACUUUCGCCACUCGUGACGCGAGACCCAAAGAUACUACUCCACCAAAGGAUCAAUUCCUCGAUAUCCAAAAUCUUGUCAAAGGGAUCUGCUUUAUCUAAAGAUGCUGUCAUUGAUCUAUUGGGUCAGUAUAUGUUUUCGAGCAAGGAACUCAUACUGAAGUAUCACAUCCUAAUCGGAAACAGGUCGAGCGACGAAAGUAUCCUGGUCCGCAAGCGCGUAAUGAAGAUCAUGAAAAAUGUAUUUGGCGCCAGUGAUAGCUUAGAGGUGAUGAGCUUCUCUGCUUCAAACAUCCUCAAACGUCUCCAAGAUGAGGAACUGUCUAUUAUGGAAGCCGCAAAAAUAGCAUUGCGCAACAUGCUCUUUGAACCUGAUAGUAUCAAACAAGUUUCAGAGGUUAUGAUCCACUUGACUAACGGUGGGCGAGAUAUGUACCAUCUUCUCGUCGGUUUCAUCCGCCAGGAACUUCGUAAUUCCCAGGAUAGUCCCAAGCGCUCUGAAUAUCUACGCAAGGUCUUAGAUAUUGCAUUUGAUAGAAUUGUGGAUGCCCCCGAUUCCUCUGAGGUGGAACAGACAGCAGAAUCGUUUACCUUCAUCGCAGCUUUGGCUGAAUGUGACUCAAAAUUAGUGAGCCAAGAUCAGUUGAUUUCUCUUCUGCCGUUCCUUGUGGAAGAUUUGUUUGAUAGGGAGCGUUUGUGCUUCAGCGCUCUACGAAUUUUAAGGUUAGUCUUGCCUAAUAGGAAAGCAUUGCGUCCAGAGUAUAUUUCCAAAACAAAUUCGAUUUUACUCAAGAGACUCACAAAAUUCAACACCAAAGAGCUACAUGAGGCUGUCCAGAUCAUAGUGGUGUUCUCGAAAAUCUCAAACGCCUUACCAUUGCUAAAGGUAGUCUUGGCCUCAAUGAAAAUUUUGUGGCCUUUCGUGUGUCUUGCAGAUGUGAAGGUUUCGCAAACCGAAGCUCCAAAAAUUCGGAAGGUUUUACAUUUACUCGGCUGCUUUGGAAGCUACUGCAAUUUUGAAUAUGCUAAAGAGUACUUCCGUAAAUCGAAUCUUGGUUUGAGAUCUACUGAAAGCAUUGUGAGUCUCAUCACAAGAUAUUUAUUAUUCUUUUGUCAGCCCAGUACUGAUACUGUGACCAAAACAAUAUCCAUUAAGAAUAUAUUGUGCGUCGCAACCCACCACCCGCGUUUAUUUCUUUCUGAGUCCAUUUUGAAUAUUCUUGACACCGAGUUCAAGUCUUCAACCUCAUCGUCAAAGCUUGAAAUUGUUAAAGGUCUUACUGCUUUCUUACACAAAGAAGAUGAGAAUCUCGUAAAGCAAAAUGACGAGGUUGUAAAGUCGACGAAAACUUCAGGGAUCGAAAAAGAUGCAUUUCUUGAUGACAAGAGUCAAAACGUGGCAGAUGGUGUAUGCUCCAGUGUCGUACAAAGAUAUACCAGUGAUAUCCUUGAUCUUUGUCUACAAGAUGCAGCAGAGGUAGGCGAGGCAUCUGUUGGUUUCCUUCAAAUUGUCACCAAAUUAGGAUUUGCCAAUCCAAAGCUCUGUAUCCCCACAAUAAUUGCGUUAGAGGCAUCACCUAAAAAACACAUAGAGAGAAUAGCGACCGAAUUACACUCUGAGAUUUUUGAGAAGCAUGAGUCUCUUGCUGAUAGAAAUUAUGUUGAAGCAAUUCGGUUGGCAUGUGAUUACGCAAAAAAGAUUGAACAGGGAGGUUUUUUGCAAAACACUUCCUUUUUGCGUUCCGUCUACCGCAUUGUUAGUGGCAAUUACCUGGCCAAGAAGAAGUUCGUCAAUUCUGUGGCCAAGCUCUUCCAUGUGAAACUAUCAACGGAAGAUCUUGCAGAUGCCAUUACGGGCCGCGACGUCGCUAUAUUCUUGGCUUUAAAUUUGCUGGUGCUUAACUUUACCUCUAUGGAGGAGGUUUAUUUGAUAAUCUUUCACUUGGAUAGAUUCAUAACUGGGGAAGGGAUUGAUCUUGCGGAGCGGAUAUCAUCAACAAUUGGCUCAGUUGAUGGAAAAGGGAUGUCGGUCUCGAAUCUCCAGCUUCUCUUUGUUUUCCUGCAAACUGCACUUGCUUUCAUUUACUUGAAGCACAACUUGGCAGCAUCAUACUCUAUUCGGCCAACAAUGAUGGACGGGUUCCGGCCCAGUAAACCCGAGGUGGAAUUGAGACAGCCGCCAAAGGUUGUGGCGUUCGUUGACUACCCAUUGGGCGACCUUGCAUUGGAAACGAAAUUGUCCAGCCCAGGCUCAUUUGGUGGUUUGUUCACUCGCUUGGUCCAAUUCACGACCGCGUACAUGUCAUGA